AUGUUGGUCUCACUAUCGCCAACAACUUUCUCCUUCCUCUUCCUAAGUUUGGGUUACUUUCUGAUCCGAUACUUCAAUUCCACCGAUCAACCCAAGAUCAAAGGACUGCCUGAGAUACCUGGCGUCCCUCUGUUCGGAAACCUCCUCCAAUUGGGUCAAGAUCAUGCCAGAGUCACCGCCAAAUGGGCCCAGGAAUAUGGAUGGCCCGUCUUCCAGACCCGCCUGGGGAACCGUCGUAUUAUCUGGGCCAACACAUUUGAAUCAGUCAAACAUUUCUGGAUCACCAACCAGUCGUCUCUGAUCUCUCGACCAACACUUUACACCUUCCACAGUGUGGUAUCCAGCAGCCAAGGCUUCACCAUUGGUACUUCUCCAUGGGACGAGUCAUGCAAGCGUCGACGCAAGGUGGCAGCCACGGCAUUGAACCGCCCUGCUGUUCAGAGCUACAUGCCUUUCGUUGACUUGGAGAGCUGUCUUGCUAUCAAAGAUAUGUACAAAGACUCCAACAAAGGUACCAUUGACUUGGACCCGCGAAAGUACUUCCAUCGAUUCGCCCUCAACACCAGUCUGACUUUGAAUUAUGGAAUUCGCAUCGAUGGAGGCAUUGAUCAGGAGCUUCUCAGAGAAGUUGUACAUGUCGAGAGAGUGGUAUCCAACUUCCGUAGCACAUCCAACAACUGGCAAGACUACAUCCCACUCCUUCGGCUACCGCUUAUCUCACGACAAAACAAAUCUGCGGCCGAGUAUCGUGAACGACGGGACAAGUAUCUGACCACAUUCUUGAACAUGCUCAAGGAUCGCAUUGCCAAAGGCACUGACAGACCAUGUAUCACCGGGAACAUCAUCAAGGAUCCCGAGGAGACCCUGAACGAAGCAGAGCUCAAAUCGAUCUGUCUCACCAUGGUCUCUGCCGGCAUUGAUACUGUUCCAGGCAACAUGAUCAUGGGUCUUGGAUACUUGGCUUCGCCUGAAGGCAAGCACAUCCAGCAGAAGGCAUACGAGGAAAUCAUGAAGGUCUAUCCCAAUGAUGGCGAAGCCUGGGAAAAAUCCUUGGUUGAAGAAAAGGUGCCAUACAUCACUGCCCUCACCAAGGAGAUCCUGCGCUUCUUCACUGUCAUUCCGAUCUGCCUUCCACGAACCAGCAUCAAGGACAUCAAGUACAACGACACGGUGAUCCCAGCCGGCAGCGUCUUCUACAUGAACGCAUGGGCAGCUGAUUACGACGAAAGCCAUUUCAAGGAUCCUGCUCGAUUUAUUCCCGAGAGAUAUUUGAACGAUCAAGAAGGUAGUGGCACGCCCCAUUAUGGCUAUGGGGCGGGUAGCCGCAUGUGCGUUGGAAGCCACUUGGCAAACCGGGAGAUCUACACUGCUUUCCUCAGGAUGAUUGUGGCAUUUGAGUUUGUCCCAGCCAAAGACUCAUCAGACUGGCCCGUCUUGGAUGCCCUGGAGUGUAACAGCAUUCCUACUGCCCUCACCACAGAACCCAAACCGUUCAAAGUCGGAUUUCGAGUUCGCGACCAGGAAGCUUUGGAGAGGUGGAUCAGGGACAGCGAUGAGAGGACAAAGGAUUUGUGA